AUGAAACCUAUUAAAACUUGUACAAAAAAAUGCCAAAUCCCCGGGAAUUCAUUGGAGCUAGUUCAGGAUUCUCCACCUAUUUCUGAAACGUUGGAUUCAUUUGCUCGUUCUCCUAGUCUUUCAUCAGAUAAAACACCAUGUAAACGUCAACGCAGAUUGUCAAAAGAUGAUCCUAAUUCUAUUCCUCGUCUUACUAGUCAGAAGUCUGAUCGAUCGAGUAUCAAGAUCAAGUCAGAUGAAGCUGUCUACAAACUGUCAGUGUCUCAGUCUUCUGAACGAUCAAGUGAUGAUCCAUCUGUUAAAGUUAAAAAUUUUACAUGUCAUGAGUGUGGAAUGCAGUUUAAAACUAAAGGAAGAUUUGACAAACACAUACCUUGUCGCGUACAUAGAAAUUCUGAGUAUUUUCAGAAACCCCAUUUAAAGAGAGGCAGAAAAUCAUUGAAUUCAAAGUCAUUGAACAACAUUAAGCUUCCUUCUUGCUCAGUUCAGCGUAAAAAUAGUGACAGCGUGGAUCAAACCUCAUUACUUGUUCGUAUAAUUGGUAAACCUCUAAAACCAGACAAUUUCAUCACAUAUUUGAAUGACGAACCAAACGAAGCAAAUGAUGCAAAUUUCUCACCUCGUAAAUCAUCUAUUACGGGAAUUUUAAAAUUCCAUCUUUCGCCCAAUCAAACUAUUGAAUUUUUGGUUUGUGCAAAUAAAUUGGCUGUGAAACAGUGUAUUUCAGCAUUGAAUACCAAUUCACUGAUUGGUGAUGAUAGCACAGUAUUUGAUGGGAUGAAUAAUUGUAAUGCAAAAGAAUAUUUAACAGGAUUAAACACUGCUUCUUCAUCGUUACCACUCACUUCAUCAUCAUCUUAUCUAUCUACAGACUCUAUAUUAAUGCCAUCCUCCUCAUUAUCUUCAGUGAAUUCCGGUAAAGGGAAUCAGGAAGCUUACACAAAUUUAACAACUGUUUAUCAAAAGAUUAUAUUUUUAACACACAUGAUAUAA